GAGAGACCUCCAUAUGCCUUGCGUAAGAGCACUCCGGCAGCAGCUUGUACACUCUCCUCCUCCUCCUCUGUCUCUUUGUCGUUCUGGAGGAGAACCACAGCACUCCAGUCUCUUGACCGUCUUCACCUCCGUUAGGAUUGGAGGCCGUGACGUAUCUACUGACGGGAACCCGUGAGUUUUCACACCGGUGCUCCAGCUGCUGACCAGGGCGGCUAUUUGUGGAGCCGCUCGGAGCCGCUCUGACCGUUAUCUUUCCGUUAACUCCUGCACUUGUCACCAUCCAACCCUCACCCUCGUCGUCCCCUCCUCCUCUGUCCAACACCCAGACGGACAGAAGCAGGAGUUUAUUCUCACUCUGUCACUUUGACCUGAGAGACCACCUGAGUGGACGCCGUCAGACAUUUUGGACUCGUUUUCCAAAAUAACAAACUGAGAUUUACGAUGCUGGGACGCAGGAAUCAAACCGUUCCAUCGGUGCUCUUUGGAUGUCUGGCUUGUCUUGUGUUCGUCUUUGUUGUCAACGCAGACGGUCGAGUGUUCGUGUUGGAGCCCAGAAACUCCUCAGGCCUCCAGAGUUUUAGAGAUGCUGAACAUGCGUGUGCCUCUCAACACGCUCGCUUGGCAUCGGCAGACGAGCUCCGUCACGCGGUGCUGGAGUGCUUCUUCUCCCUGUGCACGCAGGGCUGGCUCUACGGAGGCACCGUGGGGACCACAGUCUGCAAUAUUGUGGGCGGAGCACUCAAGGCUGUGGACGUGAGAACGGAGAACGCCACAGGGGACACGGCGUACCUGGACGCCUUCUGCAUCAAAGACACAGGCGUUCCCUGUGGGGACCCACCGUCUUUCCCCAACGCCCGUCUCCAGGGUCACUCUGGCUUUGAGAUGGGCGAUGAGCUGCUGUACACCUGUGCGCCAGGUUACGUGAUGCCGAGCGGACACAGUGCCUUCAGCCUGCUGUGUGACAGCUGUGGAGAGUGGUACGGGCUGGUGCAGAUUUGUGUCAAAGAUGAGACUGUAAGUCAUGUUGACUACGAGGACAAAUUCACAGACUCCUACGAAGAACAUCAUGACAAUCCAAGAAUGGAGGAUGCUCAAGGUGGAUUGUUUGAAGAGGAGAGCAGGGAUGCCUAUCGAGGUGAGAAGAGAGGUCACCAGCAGCAAGAGACGAGCUACGGACGCCUGGACCAUCAAGACCAGCAAACAAAGGUUGAAGAAGACAGAGACACAGAUGAAGAACGGGCGGUGGAAGACUUUGUAGGACAUCCAAGCUGGGAGCAGGAGCAGGAGAGCAGGCAGGUGGAGAGGACGGACACAGGUGGCCACAGAACCACAGAAGCACCCGUCUCUCUUCUCUCACAGAAACACAUGUUCUGGUUUCCCUCCGAGGCCUUCCAGGAGGAGGGUCGGUCCGUCACUGAGACGACACAGAGAGCUUCAGACGGCGUAUCAGAGGAGAGCAAGGACCAGGAGAGCAGAGAGAGUGACCAGCAGCAGCAGAGUCCUCACGAUGCUGGUGACCAUCAUCCUGAGCAAGAAACCUACGACAACCUCGAUACCAGCGACCCAGUGGACCACGAUGACAGCAGACACGGGGAUCAGGACGACCGUGAUGAUGUUGUAACACAUUAUAUUCCCAGGCAACAUGAUGAUCUGGAUCUGCUGGACCAACACAGUAAACAUGAUGACGACCACUACGACCAUAGUGAGCAUUACGACAUGGGUGAACAUGAAGACGAUCAGGUUCGCCAUGGGACCCAAGGAUAUGAUGAUGGGGAAGAUACUUAUGAUCAUCAUGAAAGCUACGAGGACCACGAGGACGUUACCAGUGAUCCUGAGGUCACUAUUCAAGUCCAUCCUGAAGACUCGAGAGAACAUCACGACCACGACAACCAUGACAACCACGGCGAUGUUGAGGAGCAUUACGACUCCCAGGAAGACCACGACAACAACAGCCAUUCUGAUCACGAUGGUCACGACCACGAUGCUCAUGACAGCCACGACCGACACGACAGCCAUGAAGAUGAUAGCCAUCAGCAGGUGUUUUUUUCUGUGGCAACAGACGAGCAGCAGAACCUGACCAAGAAGGAGGAAGGAGAAACAACCACAGAUGACACCUGGCUGGAUGGCUACCCUGUUGUUCCAGCAGGAGCAGAAAAAGGAGAGUCCACGACCACAAGUGAGAAACUGGAUCAGAGGGAGAGUGGGACCCGGGUCAGAACUACAGACAGACCCAAUGAGGUUGAAACUGGACUAGUUCCUGGUACCAGCUCACCAGAGGAGCACCAGUCUCCCACCCAGGAGUAUGAGAAGGUGGUGGACGUUUGGCCGGUAUGGAUCUCCACUUCUACCCCUCACCCUGGUCAUUUGGACUCCUUGGACCCAUCGUACUCAGACACCCUUGACUACGACACCCAGCAGCCAGGACCCACUCCUUCCUGGCCUGAAGACCUCACAGAGGACCCCUCGCUCGACCAGGGUCCUGCUCCAUCGUUGCAUGAAAACGACAUCCUCGUCAGCGUGAUGGAGGACAACAACCUGCCGGGCGAGGCUGGGGAGAGAGGGGAGACGGAAGGGGAGCUGGGGGAAACCGUCUGUGUGGGUGAGGACUGCCCUCCUCACCCUCCCAGCUCCUCCAUGAAAGGCUCCACGGUGACAGCCGUAAUCGUGGCGGUCUGCUUGUUAGCGGCGGCCGUCAUGGUGGGAGUGUGGUGUUACAGACGGCUGCAGCAGAAGAGCUCGGUGUACGAGAUGAACGGGAAAGGACAAAGUCGGACCAGACAGGGCCAACAGAUAGAGAUGCAGCAAAAGGUGUAAGAGAGAGGGACAUUCAGGAGGACAGGGACAAGUGAGAGAGAAGUCCAGCCCUUCAUCUCACCAGACAUCAGUGCAACUAAAGGUUUUGGACAAAGAACAGAGAAUAGGCAGAGCAUUAACACACUGAUCACAGUAAAGACUGAUGUGGUUUUGUAACGAAGGACCCACGUUCUGCUGCGUAUCAUUUCAAAGGAAUUUCACCCGACUUUGUCAUACUAAAAAUAUCCAGCGCUGUGGCCUGUGGCUGGACUCGUCUACAGCCUGUGUCUAGACUGGACUCAGCUUCAGGUGCUGGAAAGAAAAAAAGAAUGUAAAACAUUGAGCAUGUUAGAAAAACCCAGGAAGUUCUGUGUGACUGAGACUGUUUGUCUUAAAGUUGUGGUAAUGAAUCGUUCUUUGACAUUUCUAUUGUUUCUGUUGACUUUAUUGAGGGAUUUGCUUAUUAUCAAUAUGUGCUGUUCUUGAUUUAUUGAUUACAAAUGGCCCACAUGUAAUCAAAGAAAAAUGAAAAAUGAAAAUAAAGCCUGGAAAUAGUGUGAGUGGGAAGUUUGAAGGGAAGAGAAUUGUUCGGCCCGUGUUGGUUUUGACGGUCAUCUGGUGAGAACUCUAGAGCAGCUGUCAAAGACUGCGUGUGUGUGUGUGUGUGCGCGCUUACGUGUGUAAUAUAGAAAGAAUGUGAUAUAUGUGUGCUGCCACUUUUUACGCCAACCACUGCUAUGACGGCGCAUCGUUGAUGCUGACGACAAUGAGAGCAAAUAUCAAACAUUAUCGUGCUCACACAGCAGCAGACGUAACAUGUUUCGCUCCCCUAGUGGUGCAGUGAAGUAAUACGCUGCCAUGUGGCACACAUGGACACACUUUCACACCGUUGCAGGGGCCAAAUAAAUUGUGUUAGACCACGAAAAUGUUUAGCAUUCAUUUUAUACAGAGAGAUUACAAAUAUAAGUGUGAUUUCUGGUACAAAUGUCUGAGUGAAACAAGGCACGUUAUUCCCAGAAAUCAUCGACAGCAGAGACUGUAUAUAAGAAACGGACUCAGAUAUCCUGUUGCUAACUGACUUUGUUAAAUGAAGCUGCUGGAGUAGAGUGGAAGUUCCACGGCAACUGCUAUAAUAAGUCAUUUCACCCAUUCACAGUAACUUCACGGCCAUAUUUGAAUGCACUGAAUAUUUGUGUGACAAAAACAACAGUAUUAGAAGAAGAGAGCAACAGGAUGUUUCUGGUCGACCUUUGCAGCCAUGUCAUCAUUCUGAUGCAGUUUUAACAGGAUGUCAAGUGUUAUACUACAUACUAUAUAACUAUUAGUUCACAAAAAAUAAAAAAAUAUUCAUUUAAAUAUAGAUAGAUUUCUGUUUUAAGGUACGAAGCAUAGGUAUGGAAAUUGUGCUGUGAGUGAAUUGAUUAUUUUGGUUUUUUAUGGUUCUGUUGUUGUGGCUCAUUUGUAGUCCAGUGUUCUUUACUAAAUACUUAAUCUUUAGCUAAAAAACAAACAAACAAAUGUAACAGUGUGCCACUGUCAUAUGGAGGAAUUAAUCGUCUAUGUUUUUGAGUGUAUUUAAAUGAUUUAUUCUUAUGGUACUCGGUACAAGGCAAAGUCCUGGGUCAGAUGUCCUGCCCAGGGACACAUUGGCAUGUUGCUGAUAUUCUACCACCCAUAAUAGUUUCAUUGACUCAAUAUAAAACGUGUUACAAUGAUGUAAUAUGCUAGAAAUUCUACUUUUGUUUGAAUAUUUUUGAUGUGACUAUUUUGAAGAUGGUGGUUCAUUCUCCAGAUUGAUUUUUUUUUGGCUUCAUUUUCAUGUCGUGGUCUCUUAUAUGUCACUGUCCUGGUUGAGGGCGGAGAGAGCAGAGUCUACAGUGUGAUGUUUGUUUUUGUGUAAAUAUGAUUUUAUAACCAUACCGUGCUGUACAUAAAGCGGUGGCUCGAAGAACGUCUCACCAGGACCAGCAGUGUCCCUCCUUGUGUUUUACAGAGACGUGUCUCAUUUCCACCACUAUAAAUCUCAGCGUCUGCCUGUUACACUGCUGUUAAAGUACAAGUACUGUAGUGACAACAAUCAGCUGCUGGGGUCACACUGCGAUGAAAACCGUGUUGUAGAAGAGACUGAAGCAGGUGGGUAGAUUUACUGCAUGAUCUGACGUCACCAGAUGGUGUUACGCUUUUAAAACAGUUUGACUUCCGUUCUGACAUUUAUAAUCACGUCCGUUUUGUGUAGUAAAAAAGCAGUUUGUUUUUAUUUUAAGCAGCUUAUUCAGAGUAAUGUCUGACAAACGUGUGUACUGUGUAUGAACAAAGUGUUCUUGAAAUAAACAUAAACACAUGACACUGUGGUGGUUAUUGUCAUUGUACUGCAGGAGAAUUGAUUUUAUGUUUAUAUUUUUAUUACAUAUUUAUCUGCCUAUAUGUAUACAUAUAUAUAUUUCUGUCAAACAUGGACUUUUACUCAAAGUCUUA